UUUGCUCACUCAAAACAAGCGCGAAAAGCGGCCCAUUUCACGCUCGCGUUAGGAAAAAUUAUUUUUUACCCUCUUGUCACUGCGACAAAACAUGUGAUAUAUUGUUCUUUUCUCGAAAAAAGAAAAAUAUCAAACAGUUUGCUUUCCCGCCUCUCAUGACUUUAGUCUAUAAAUCUAGUCUAAUUAAGUGAUAACAUGUCUGCAUGUCGUUCAGAUAAAGAAGCACGAAAUCUUUUUCAGUUCAUUCAAUUGAUAGGGUUAUUUUUUUAAUUUAAAAAGUUUAUGUUAAUAAGUAUAUAUGUAUUUUAUACGAUUUUUUAUGCUCUAAGAAAAAUUGUUUUUGAAAAUAAAUAUAUGACGUCGAAAAUUUAUCUCGGAGCGGCAUUGCACUGGCAUUGCAAUCGUCUUCGCAGGGGGCGACGUCGCGACGCCACGUGCCUAUAAAAAAAUCCGCGACCUCGUCGCGCAAUCCCGCUAUAGAAUCUGGCCGAGUGCAACAGUUGAAGUCAAGGCGAGGAGAGUUGAAAGUGUAGCCCCGUUGCGUCUCGAAUCGAUAGCCCGCGAUUACGGGAAGGUAUACGCUAUACAGUACACGUAAAUACGCGCCCCCCCCCCCCAACGCAGUCGGGUCGCGAGAUCGGCGAAGGCUCGUCGCGCGUCGCGGAGGAGGCGAUCGCGCACUCUUGAUCGCAACCCUAUUGUCCUCCUCCUUAUUUUCUCGAUCGGGGGCGGGUAAUUCCGCUUGCUGACUCCGUCGCACAGCCAGUGUAGCGCGCGAAUUUAUUAUUUAACGGGAAUAAUCGAUGGCUUAUGGAUACGUGUACCCGGGGGUACGUAUCCCUCGCGAUAGUCGUCAUUUUCGCGAUGGUGACGCGCCGCGUGGCAGGGAAAGCCGCUCCUCGUCCUCGUCUGCCGCCGCGAAUUGGCGGCGCGUGAAAGUCGCGAAAAAUAACCCCAGGGCGGGAUUAACGAAAGCGUGACCACUCGGGCCACUAGCGGGGAACCAUGCUGGGGAGAUUCAGGAACAGCUUCCGCUGCGGCAUGCCGAAAUGCCCGACUAUCCGUAUUCCAGGGAUGGAGAAGCCGGAAUCCUCCGCGGCGGCCGAGAGCGCCGAGGAGCUCGAAGAUCGGGACCCCAACAACCUGAAUCAGCAUCUUCAGGUGAUGUGGGACGACGUGAUCGGCGAGCCGGAAGGAAUUCGAAGUCCCGAAUGCGCCUGGCGGCUCAGCGGCCACUGCUUCCGGCUCUCCAGGGGAUGCUGCUACGUACUCCUCUCUGUUCUCAUCGCGCCUCUGCUCGCCCUGUGUUUGGGUUUCACAUUCGCCUGUCUCGCGUUUCAGCAUAUAUGGUGUCUCGCACCGUGUCUGCGUGUGUGGAAGAUUACGUGCGCGGCGACGCGAAAUUUCUUAGCGGCGGUGACGCAGGCGAUCGUACGGCCGAUCAUGGAGGGGUUGGGUUACCUCUGCUACAAUAUCCGCGUAUUUAGUCAGAAGCUACCGGACGGUCCUCACCAGAAGGAGGAUCUGCUGAUCGUGUAAUCCGGCGGUCCCAGCGGCGCCAGCGGCUUCGACGGGCGCCCCCCUUCACCGUCGAGUUCGCGUGCGGCAGCGACUUUCUGCUAUCGCAGUUUCCGCAUCCUUCUGAAUACAAACGCGCCGCGAUGCGAUCGCGCAAACCGUACAUGUCGGUAGUGUUAUAGCGUUUAGAGUUAAGCGGCGAGAGAGGAGGCGUCUAAUUAGAGAUACUUGCGAUACACUUGCGAGACGUCCAAAUGAGGGACAUAUCAAAAGUGGGAUACACCAUAAUUUUUACGUAAUAUCCUAAUAUAAACAUCGAGAAAACGCGGACGGUCUAGGAUAGGCGAGAAGGACACAGCGACAUGCGCAUCGCACAUAAUCGGGGCGAUAUAUUUUUGUAGCUCAUAGUUAUAUUGGCGCGUCAAAGAAUUUUUUUCCGUUAAACUACCUGCAAUAUAGCGUGUAACGAGUCGCUGUUAAGUGUACUAGUGAGUGUAAAGGUCUCUCGUGCUGGCCUUGUAGGAGGUAUAAUAUAAUUUUAACUCGUGCGCAUGUCUCGGGGUGGACGCAGAUCGGGAGUUAAGAAGCUCGAGUAGCAGGCCAGUCGAUACUUUACACGGGCCAGUCUUUUUUUGUUUACUUUUUGUCGUCCACUCGCGAAUCCAAGACGAGAGAGAGGUCUUGGUGCUUCGUCAAACGAGAAGAUAAUUAUUAUCCAAAUGAGAACUGAUCUGAAUACGCGGGCCGUCGAGCGGGAUCCGUUUAGUAAAAUAUUAAUCUAAAAUUCCAAUUUAAUUGGGAAUAUAAAUUAUUAGGGAGAAAAUGCAUACGAGGAGAGAAAUUAUUAAUAGGCAUAUAAAUAUGCAAGAGGAGUACAUGUUUAUUACGUCGCGUCGAAAGCAAAGAACGCAAAGAGGGAAAGAUCCGUCCAUUUAAUUUCUGUACAAUCGUACAAUUAAUAUUAACGCAAUCAAUGUUUCUCGAUAAAACGAUAAGCGUAACACAGAGCUGUACUUUCAAUACUCUA